CUCUCUUUCCCUCCCAACAGCUCUCUCUCUCUCUCUCUCUCUCUGUCAGAGAAAGAAAUGAGGGAGUCGAGUAGAAAGCAAGGGACAUCGUCGCCAUGCGCGGCAUGCAAGCUCUUACGUAGGCGGUGUGCGCAGGAUUGCGUUUUCGCGCCCUAUUUCCCUGCGGACGAGCCACAGAAGUUCGCUAACGUGCACAAGGUGUUCGGUGCCAGCAAUGUCAACAAAAUGCUACAGGAGUUGCCGGUUCACCAGCGUGGCGACGCGGUCAGCAGCAUGGUGUAUGAAGCAAAUGCGAGGGUGCGGGACCCGGUUUACGGGUGUGUGGGGGCCAUCUCAUCUCUACAGCACCAGAUCGACGUCCUCCAGACCCAGUUGGCGUUAGCCCAGGCCGAGGUGGUCCACAUGCGGAUGCGCCAGGCCACGUCGGUGUCUGGCCUGGCCGGGAACUCCGGCGACAGCGGGUCGCCGCCUUCGAAGCUAGUGGCCCCACACAAUAGGACCAUGUUCGCCCUUGAUAUGAUGGUGGACCAGGCCAACAUGGGCGAGUCCCUGUGGUCAUGUUAGACAUAACAUAUAUUUACUUUUGGGCUUUGCUAAGCCCACUAGCACUUCUCCUUGUGGCUCACACGUGCUAUCCAGGUCUUGUGUGGAGCAUCCCAACCGUGGAUCAAGUGGAUCCCACUGUAUAGAUAACUUGUUCGAGAUUCAGGCCGUUCCAUCGUCACGUGGGCGACACAUGUAUGGAAAUAGUGGGUGCUUUAGCAUUCACCUUUCAUACAUUGGCCAGGCCAAUGUAGAUGGGCCUGAUUUCGAGCCAUGUUAUCUAUACGGGUUUGGGCCCGUAUAAUUCACGUGUUGGAUCUCACACAUGUGAUAGGUUGGUGCAUGUGGCUGCAAGUAGAAGUGCGUGUAGGCUUGGCAAAACUAUAUAUUUACUUUAAUUGCAAUGGGGUUUGCUAAUUGUACACGCGUGUGGGAGAGCCUUGCCCAUCCACACGUGGGCACAUGUGCCAAUAUCGAGUACGUGUGCAAGAUCAGAUCCUUCCAUCAGUUUGGCAAUACUGUUUUAGAUCUAACGGCUUAAAACCUGUGCCAUUUCACUUCUCUACUGUGCCACACAUACAAAACAAAUGGACGAUUAGAAGAUUGUGGCUCAUCUAAGGAGUAAAACUGGCCCAUUUUUUAAGCAGGAGACCUAAGCAUUGUUUUCAACCAGAUUAAAGGCUCAGAUCUUACGCACGUAUUCUAUAUUUGCACGAGUGGUCAUGUGUGUCUGGGCAUGAGUUAGCAAACCUCUAAUUACUAGGGCUGCCACUGCUAUUACAAAGGGCUUUUUUUUGCUUGCCUACGAUGCAUCUCCAUGGGACCGAGGGAUCAUCGUCCCUCAGCCGUCCAUUUCGUUUGGGGAGUCUUUAUCAUUAACAAUAUUGUAAAUAUUGGUUUAACAUAUGAAGAUGGAUUACUAUAGCUAUUGAUAUAGAAAGAGCUUGGAUUUGUAGUGGUAGAAUGAGGAUUGUAUGUGAUGAUCCCUUGUUUACGUGGACAUGUUAUUUAUUGGAUGCUUA